UCCCUCCCAAAGGCUGGAGGAGGGGCUUCUCCUCCGCUCGCCCCUCCCAGCCGCGGCGAGGCCGAGCCUGACGGCCGGAAGCCCGGUCCGGCGCUUAGAGGGGAGCAGGCUCCGCGCUGCAGGGGACGCGGCGGCCCGGCGGCUCGGGACUCCGCCCGGUCUGGGCCCCGGGCCCUAGACCGCGGCCCCGGGAUGGGCGUUCCCGCUCGCCCCGCGCCGCGCCCCUCCCGGCCCGUCUCCUAGCAGCCCCGAGAUGCGCAGGCGUCCUGGGUGCGCAGCCGCCCAAACGCGCAGGCGCUCUGGGCGCGGGCCUCCGUGACGCGCAGGCGCUCUGGGUGCGGGGCCGCGGCCCGGCGUGUUGAAGGAUGUUUGUUCCGCGGUCCCUCACCGUCAAGAGGAACACGCAGGAGGACGGCAGAGGCGGCAGCACGGCCAAGAAAGCGAAGCCAGGAGCAGAAGGCCUCCGGCGGGACGAAGGCAGCGGUCCCGGUCACCCAGCUGAUGCCCGCGUUGCAGAAGAAGCCGCAGCCGGCGACAGGCGCGGUGCGGAACCGUGUCCCUGCCCCAGUCCACAGGCGGGACCCGGGCGGGGUGCCUUGGACAGCCGUCAGUCUGAGGAGCCCGUUAAGUCGUUUUCCAAGACGCAGCGCUGGGCAGAGCCCGGGGAACCCGUGUGCGUGGUCUGUGGCCGUUACGGGGAGUACAUCUGUGACGAGACAGAUGAGGACGUGUGCAGCCUGGAGUGCAAAGCGAAACACCUGCUGCAGGUUCGGGGCGAGGAGGGGACGGCAGCAGGUGGCAGCCCGCAGCGUGCUGGCUCGCAGCCCGAGCCCCCGCUUCCCCUGCCGUACGUGUAUAAAGAGCACCCCUUUAUCGCGAGCCUUCAGGAGGACCAGGUGGAGAACCUUAAACAGCAGCUGGGAAUUUCAGUUCAGGGGCAAGAUGUCGCCAGGCCCAUCAUUGACUUUGAGCACUGUGGUUUCCCCGAGGCCUUGAACCUCAACCUGAAGGCCUCGGGCUAUGAAGUGCCAACCCCCAUCCAAAUGCAGAUGACUCCCGUGGGGCUCCUGGGGAGGGACAUCCUGGCCAGUGCCGACACGGGCUCUGGGAAGACAGCUGCCUUUCUCCUUCCCGUGAUCAUCCGAGCUUUGCCGGAGAGCACGGGUCCCUCGGCACUCAUCCUCACCCCGACGCGGGAGCUGGCCAUGCAGAUCGAGAGGCAGGCCCAGGAGCUGAUGCGCGGCCUGCCGCGCAUGAAGACCGCGCUCCUGGUCGGGGGCUUGCCGCUGCCGCCCCAGCUGCACCGGCUGCGGCAGCGCGUCAAGGUCGUCAUAGCGACCCCCGGCCGCCUCCUGGACGUCGUGAAGCAGAGCUCCGUCCAGCUCUGUGGCGUGAAGAUCGUGGUGGUGGACGAAGCGGACACCAUGCUGAAGAUGGGCUUCCAGCAGCAGGUGCUGGACGUCCUGGAGCGCGUCCCGCGCGGCCGCCAGACCAUCCUGGUCUCGGCCACCAUCCCCGCCAGCAUAGAGCAGCUCGCCGGCCGGCUGCUGCGCGAGCCCGUGAGGGUCGCCGCCGGCGCCCCGAACCUGCCCGGCGCCCACGUGCGGCAGAUCGUGCUGUGGGUGGAGGAACCCGCCAAGAAGAAGAAGCUGUUUGAGGUCCUGAACGACAGGAAGCUCUUCCGGCCGCCCGUGCUGGUGUUCGUGGGCUGCAGGCUGGGCGCGGACCUGCUGAGCGAGGCGGUGGGCAAGGUCACGGGCCUGAAGAGCGUGUCCGUGCACGCGGAGAAGCCCCAGGCCGAGCGGAGGCGCAUCGUGCAGGGCCUACUGGACGGAGACCACGAGGUGGUGGUGAGCACGGGGGUCCUGGGACGAGGGCUGGACCUGGUCCGGGUCCGGCUGGUCGUGAACUUCGAUAUGCCCUCGAGCAUGGACGAGUACGUGCACCAGGUGGGGAGAGUGGGCCGGCUGGGCCAGCGUGGGACGGCCAUCACCUUCGUCAACAACAGCUCCCGGCGGCUCUUCUGGGACCUGGCGAAGCGGGUGGAGCCCACGGGGUCGCUGCUGCCCCCGCAGCUCCUGCAGUCCCCCUACCUGCGCGAGCAGCAGCGGAGGGAGCAGCAGGGGGACCGGCAGGCCCAGGGCCGCCUGGUCACCGGCGCCAACCUCAUGGACAUCAUCCGGAGGCACGACAAGACUCACGCUGGCCACGCUGCCAGGUGACCCCCGUCACCCCGGUUACCGGGGUCACCCCGCCCGAGCUCGCACUGCCAGUGCCGUCGGCGAAUUUCCGUAUGUCGUUCUCUGCGGGCGAGGACACGAAAUAAAACACCU